GCCGUUCAACAAUGCGGCUCCUAUGGCAGAGUGGCUGCAAGUUAAAUACUUGGUGAAUGAUCCAUGAUGCUUUGAUCCAUACAAUGUUCUUGUCCCUCGAUGGAUCCCAAUGGCACCCUUUGAUCCAGUUGCCGAGUAUGGUAGCAAAUGGCGGGAGUUCAGGGAUGGAUCAGUUCGACGUGUGGUGAUACUCCGAGGACGCUACCACUUCGAACUAAAGGAUACCAAGGGCAGCCCGCGAUAUGUGCCCAUUGAAGAUGCCAUAGCACCUCCAGAUGAGGCGGGAAAGAACCGUGCUGAUCCAAGAACACCUGGUCAGUUACCAAGUCAACAAUCCAGGAAUUCUCGCGGACAACAGAGUCAGUUCGCGUAUCACACUCAAUACGAUGCGCAAAUCGAGCGCUCACCAGUUCCAGCACAGGCCACAGGACCAACAUUAGAUGAUCAUCUGAAUCCAGGUUUGCCUUCUCCACCCGGAAGGCAUGGCCAAUAUGCUCUGGUUGGCGGCCAAUCCACCCUCGCGAGCGCUACACGUCCAUAUACUACGCAGUACGACAACGAAGUAAUAACAUCCAACCGAGCUUUACAGUUUCAACCAAAUCUAGGAAGAUCUACACCCAUUCCCAAUGACUCCGCUCUUGGUCUCUCCGACGUCGCACUUCAAUUCGCGAGGAUUGGUUUGGGGCAGUUUGCCACGUGUGGACGCUUCGUCGAGGAACAUCGUCGCAUCCGGGAGACGAACGCAAAUGAACUUUUCAAUGCUUCCAUCGAAGCCGAAAGACAGGGACGUCGCGAGCUCUCCAACCAGUGCAUACAGCGCGGUGUAAUAAUAAGAGCUUGCGAGAAUCUUUCAUCGCGGGCCCGGACAGAUUAUUUCAAGGAGCUUGCGAAAACAGGUUCAAGAGACUCAAAUGAAUUCUCUAGUCAAUGUCGACAGGUGGAAGAAAGAGUCCGAUUGCGCAUGCAUGGCAGUGCACGCGCUUCUGAAGUACCUGGAAGCACCAUGUCAGGCGCUCGAGCUCCGGAAAGUGAUAGAUAUGAGACAGGUGCUUACCCUGCGCCCUUGCCCACCCAAACCAGUCACGAUGGCUAUCAGCCAUCAUAUCAGGCAUCAUAUCAGGCAUCAUAUCAGGCAUCAUAUCAGGCAUCAUACCAACCUAGGCCAGGAGCAGAGGAAACGUAUGAUUCACCGCCAUCAGCGCUCCCUACAGACCGAGGAGCAAAUUAUUCCAUCAUCAGAAGAGAUUCCGUGGCCUACUCGACACGUUUUCCACGUACUUCAAGUCACGGUGACAACGAGGACGAAGAUGAUUUUGGUUCUGAGGAACAGAGACAGCAGCAACGCUACCAUGGCACUCCAGCUUCCAGACCACAAGGCGCGCAGAGACGGCCUUCCAACAAAGGUUCCAGAGGCUCACGUCCUUACGACCAAAGGACGGUAACAACAGCCCAAGGGGGAAAGAAGGCUGACUUUCGAGGCGGACGCCAGCCAGACGUUCUAGAUCCUUCGUACGAAGAACGACAGGCAUGGUUCUUCACAAAAGGAAGGAUUUUUGCAAUGAUCUGGCAUGAGAAUCUGGGCAGUCAUCAUGGAAAAACAAGCACAGCUUCAGACAAACAUGUCAGCAUCGGCUUUUCAGGAGAAAUGGUUUACAGCAACAUACGGCGGAUGGUUGUGGUUCGUCAGCGCCAGGGCUACUGCGUGGUGGUGCCAAUCCUUUCAUACGGCGAGAAGGGAGUCAAGAAAGCCAUGCCCCGAAGCGAGAAGCAAGCACACGCAAUUAUCUACAAAAAUGGACACUCAAUCCCAACGUCUUUGCCAGGUGAGCCCGAAUUUACGAAAAGACCGAUUGCAGCCGAUAUGCGCCGCGGCGAGACCUUGUGGCCCUCCAGUCGAAUCCACUUUGGAAAGCACCACACAGUGGAAUACAAUGUCAAAGUCAAGGACAUCGGAAACAUUGCUGAAAUUUCAAGAGCCGAGCUUGAGUCGUACUUUCGACAAGAAUCCCUCGAAGGUCACGGGCGUGAUUGAACUAGAUACUU